GUUCCGUCGAGCGGGCACGCCUGGCGCUGCGGCGCUGCGGCGCUGCACGAGCGGCCUUCGCUGCAGCGGCGCCCGCUCGCUCCUUCGGCCGCUCUCUCGCUCGAGCUGCACCGUGGCCCUCGCUCGCCCGGCCCCCCCCCCGGUGCACAUCGAGAACAUCGUCUACCUCGUCGGGCGGGCAGACGCCCUCUCCACGACGCUGGUGCUGGCGGCGGUGCUCGCGUACCUGCGCUUCACGCUGGGCCGCGGUGCCAGGUGGCCGUGGUGGGGCCACCCCGGCCUGGUUCUGCUGACCGUGGCUGCUGGCCUGUGCAAGGAGCCAGGGUUCACGGCGCUGUUCUUCCUUGCCUGCGCGGAGGUGCUGCUCCGCGCGCGCUGGCGCCACGUCGCUGCCCUGGCGCUCUCGUUCGUGGCGGUGGGUGCUGCAAGAACGUGGUACGUUGGCGGCUCGGAUGCGGGCUUCGGAUAUGUGGACACGCCAGUGCGUUACCAGGACG